AAGAGACAAUAAAAAAAAAGUAACGUUAGCUGAAGCUUCAUUCAUGCUGCUGCUGGCACGUCGAGCGAACCAGCAGGCUCAACAAUAUGGACUUGGCGUACGGCCCAUUGGGCCUGGGUGUCGUAUCAGGACUGGCCUGUGGGCUCCUGCUUGGUUGGCACCUUCGGGCUCGCUUGGGCCCCACAUCUAAACGCCUGAUGGCAGCGAUGGGGAACGGCACUGGUGAAGCAAGCGUGAUGGGAGAAGGAGGAGAGUUCAAGAUGAUACUAGUGGUCCGAAACGACCUGAAGAUGGGAAAAGGGAAGGUCGCCGCUCAGUGCUCCCAUGCAGCCGUGUCCGCUUACAAGCAGGUUCAGCGCAGGAACCCCGAGCUCCUCAAACAGUGGGAGUACUGCGGCCAGCCCAAGGUGGUGGUGAAGGCCCCCAAUGAGGACACCCUGAUCGAUCUGCUGGGUCAUGCCAAAGAAGUGGGGCUUCCUGUCAGCCUGAUUCAGGACGCAGGACGGACUCAAAUCGCACCCGGCUCACGCACUGUGCUGGGUAUCGGUCCUGGCCCAGCUGAUCUGAUUGACAAAGUCACUGGAGACUUGAAACUCUACUAGUUGAGUCCACUGAGUUUCUAUUUUUAUGAAACAAUUGACAUGUUAAAUUUGUUGACUCAAAUAACAGUAAAGGCUUGAUAUGAAUUACUUUAAUGUGAUACUUGUGACACUGGAAUUAACACCACAUGUUCAGUCCUCCACCCGUGACGUCAUGAUUCUCAGAGUAAACUGAUGGGCAUCGUCUCAUCAGAAUCCAAGCACAAUAAAGAUUACA